UUUCAUACUUGGCUGAGUGUGGAGAAGGUGGGCAGGGCAGGACGUUUAGUGCUGCUGAGGCUGAGCACACAAGAGAGCUGGGAGCUGGAGCUGGAGCCAGAGCGGGCAGACACCUUCCCUCUCCUACUUGUUAAGAAGAGCCAGUUUAGACUGUUGUUCAGAGGCUAAGAUAAGGUUUGCUAGCACUGACAGGGUUUGCUUUGGCUUUUUCCGGGGUGUUGGCAGGUUAAAAAGAAACAGGAGUAGAUUAAUCUCUGGUUUCCAGCUUAUUUAAAAGCUGACAAUCCCAUGAUUUUUCCCAUGGUGCCGAUUAGACGUAAUCUGGAAGACUUCCUUUGGGGUGGGUCGUUAAAAGAAAGGGUUAUAUUAUGAGAGAUAUAACAUGAGUUGACUGGUUUUAGAUUGUUUUCAUUUUAGGGUGCUCUUAUGGCUUAGUAGUUUUAAAAAGCUCCAAAAGAUGACUUAGCAUUGUGCUUUGGAAUUAAAAUUGUCCUGUUUGGAAAUUAAGUGAACAUUAGUUAAAUGCAUAGCUGGGAGAGUUUGGGUGUGUUUUUAGCUUUGUUAGCUUGUCUUAAACCUUUCUUUGCCUGCCAAGAGAAACAAAAUUCUUUUGACAAUGGCAGUAGCCUAAUUUAAAAUAAACGAGAAACAUUUCAAGAAUUAUUUGUGAUUUUGGAAGAAAGCCAUGAAGAUCAUAAAGAGUGUUAUGAAUGACGUCUCGUUUAACAAAAAUACCUGGAAAUGGCACAUUCAGGAUCCAGCAAGCCAGCGGUUGACAUGGAACAAAUCUCCAAAGAGUGUCCUUGUAAUAAAAAAGAUACGAGAUGCCAGUCUCCUGCAGCCUUUUAAAGCUCUCUGCGUGUACCUUAUGGAGGAAAACAACAUGAUUGUCUAUGUAGAAAAAAAAGUUUUAGAAGACCCUGCCAUAAUAAAUGAUGAACAUUUUGGAGCCGUGAAGAAGAAAUUCUGCACCUUCAGGGAAGAUUAUGACGACAUCUCGAAUCAGAUAGACUUCAUCAUCUGCCUGGGAGGAGAUGGGACCUUGCUUUACGCUUCUUCACUUUUCCAGGGCAGCGUGCCUCCGGUGAUGGCCUUCCACCUGGGAUCUCUCGGCUUCCUCACCCCUUUCAACUUUGAGAACUUUCAGUCCCAAGUUACUCAGGUGAUAGAAGGAAAUGCCGCUAUCGUUCUCCGGAGCAGGCUCAAGGUAAAGGUCGUCAAGGAGUCCCGGGAGAAGAAGGCCAUGAUCCAGAACGGCAUUGACGAGAACGGAGUGUUGUCUCCCAGCCUGGAAAAAGAGAGCAGCAAGCAGAUGAUGCACUACCAGGUUCUAAAUGAAGUGGUGAUCGAUCGGGGUCCCUCCUCAUACCUCUCUAAUGUUGAUGUUUAUCUCGAUGGACACCUGAUAACUACAGUCCAAGGGGAUGGAGUGAUUGUGUCCACGCCCACGGGGAGCACAGCCUACGCCGCUGCUGCAGGAGCCUCCAUGAUCCACCCAAACGUCCCUGCCAUCAUGAUCACGCCCAUCUGCCCCCACUCACUGUCCUUCCGGCCCAUCGUGGUGCCUGCCGGCGUGGAGCUCAAGAUCACACUGUCACCGGAAGCUAGGAACACAGCCUGGGUGUCAUUUGAUGGGCGGAAGAGACAAGAAAUCUGCCAUGGAGACAGUAUCAGCAUCACUACCUCUUGCUACCCUCUCCCCUCCAUCUGUUUCCGGGACCCUGUGAGUGACUGGUUUGAGAGCCUGGCUGAAUGUCUGCAUUGGAAUGUCCGGAAAAAGCAGAACCACUUCACUGGGGAGGAGGAAGAGUUCUAGGCAGCCAGCGGCGCCCCACGAGGUCCCCAGUUCCUGGGGAAGCGUGUGCAAAUCCUUUCAAUGUGUUCUUCUUUGACCUUAACCCCCCAGCCCCUCGAAGUCGACCAAUCUGUGUGUGUCUCUGUCUGUAAAUAUAUAUAUAUAUAAUAUAUAUAUUUUUGAAUACGGUGAUGUACCUCAUAUCAAUUGUCUCAUCUGCUGAUGACCAGAUAUCAUGUUAUUUCCUAUCCACUGGCCAAAGGGAAGAGUUUAAAAUUUGUCUUUUUUUGUCAACAAAAUUAACUUGUUUAAUGUUCUGAAUUCAGUUUCCUUUUGUGUUUUAUAAAUAAGCAAAAUUAGAAAUGAGCCGGCAUUUCUAAAAGAUAUCAACAAUCCAUAUGCUCAUUUGUAGUUUCAAAUUCAAAGUGAUUUUCUAAACCACCAUUAAAAAUGUAACAUUACAAUAGUCUACAUAGCUUCCUAUUUGUAAUUCCAUGUGUAUGGAAAUUUCAUAGAUGAGUCUAUUUAAAAUUCAGAGGGGAUAUGUAUGACUUAAUCUGUCCUUUGGAUUAUAAAACAAAAAACUGUCCUUUGCUGUUUCGAAUAAAUGUAUCACAGCCAAAUGUCUUCCUUCAGCAGAUGAUUCUAAAAUACUUUCCCCCUCUGUACAUAUAACUUAUCUUUAUUUUUCCUAAGACUAUCAGGGGAAAUGCUUCUGCAAAGAUGAAAAUUAAAAGGACAUUUUUGAUAGUCAUUUGGAAAGACUGUGAUUGGUUUUUGUUGUUGAGGUUACUUGAACACGGUGAGCUCUUGCUCCCACUCCCCUCUUUGUUCCUUUGGGCCGGUGGCUCAGGCUGCUGGUGCUCACCCCAGGGCUGUGAUCGGUCCCUGUCCCCCUUACAGUUGACCAGCAUUGACAGAGUUUUCUUUUCCUUCCCACCUUACACUCUGGUGUAAAAAGGCAGCCAGAAGCUAUAUACGGCUCAGACCCAUAGGCCACAGCAGCUGUGCCCCUCACCCCAGAGCUCUGUCAGAGGCAGCUCCCCUCAUACCCCAGAAAGCAGGAAGGGAUAGCGUCGCCUUGGGAGGCGGAUCAGACACUGCCCACAUUUCUCACCCAGCAACCACGGUGCCUUCUGCACACCUGAAGAAACUUUACAUCUGUAUGUACUUGUAAAGAUUCUGCCCAACUUGUAAAAUGCUUCUUUCUGUGUAUCUCCUGUGAAGAUUCAGAAACAGAGGGGCUGUGCUGAAAACAUGUACUCACACAAAGCCCAAGUGAACUGUUCACAGCUGCGUAUGGCAUGCGUGACAACCCCAGAGGGCCAACAGCAGGCAGCUCGGCAAGGGCUCUUGGGUCAAGUCACUGUUUCGCUUCGCCAAUGAAAUGAAUUCGAUUGGAAUGAUUUCUGUUACCCAGAGGGGCUGGGGGUACGGGGUAGGGAAUGAACAAGAUUCUCCCACCUUAGUCUGCGCGGGGGCCAGUCCUUGGGUAGCUGAAUGGAGGUCUUUUCCCUCCCGCCCUCUCAUCCUCAUGUCUACUUUGUCAAUCAAGAUGGGAGAGCUUUGCAAAAAACUGGGCUCUCAAGCAAACCAUGUAGAAUCAACGUGGAAAUUAUGUAUGUGGGUGUAAAUUAAUAAUCCGUUUGUACAGGUUUUGUAAGUUAUUGUUUGGAGCGUGUUAUAGUUGGAGUAAGCAAGACCUGUCAGACUUGGGUCUGAAUGUGCUAACAUGGCUUUACCUCUUCAUUUUUCACAUGUUAAGUACGAUGUAACUUCUCUUUUGAUGCUUAAUGUUUCUUAGAGGAAUUAAUUUAUGAGAUAACCGUUUCCUUUCCAAUUUUUUUCCUUUGUAUUUUUCUUUUCCAUCGAAAUGCAGUUGAUGAGAACAGAAUUCAGCAAAAGCCAUGUACUCUGAUUUGUUUGGAUGGUACAGCCCGAGGAAGGCUGAUAAAGGAGAUUUGAGUCAGGCACAACCCAUAGACAAAUGUAUACAGAGACUGGUCCUUCCCGGACCUUGGGGUUUGUGCUCUCUUGAGAGCACGCUUCCAAAAUGCAGCCUGUAAUAUACGCCUGUAUGUAUAGAUGUAUUUUCAUCUUUUGAACCCAACAACUUGGUGUGACCCGGUGCACGUGAAAAUAUGCCCGUUCUUCAAAACCCCGCCUUCGUGGUUCUCUUCCCCACGAGAUGCCCUGCCUCUCCUGUCUGUGAGGCGAUUGGGAAGGAGGCAGGCUUCUCAGAAGUCGUAGCUUGAGACAGAGUGGUCAAACUUCGCUUGGCAGAAAGCCACACACUGACCACAUUCUCUGGUCCUCUGGCUGUAAGUGCAGAAAGUGGCCUUCUAGGAGUGGUGCUUUUAGAACCUGCCCUCUUGUGCUGCCCCAAUCUCCCAGGAGGCUUGUUCUGGUCUGGGACGGCUCACAGGAGGUCCUCCAGAUCCCUGAUUGACCCGUCUGUCCUUCCCACAAGAUAGCCCCAGCAGCUUUUCAAGUGCUGACCAAAAGCAGCAGGACACGGUAUGACUUUAGUGUGCUUCGAACCUCUUAAGAAGAUUCCUAAUGUUUCAUACUUUGGAAAUUUAUUAUUGUUGAAAGCAUAUAUUACUAUUUUCACAUCCUUUCAAUAAACUUUUUUCUAAAGAAAAAAAAA